UCCCCUGGAAGUGAAACAUUUUGUUGCGCGAAAGCGCGAUAUAUAAACAUGAUAAUUUUCCGAAGCCGACACAAACGUCGAAACAGCAAUAUGGCAAGCGUAGGGAGCGUCUGUUCUCGACGGAAACUCGUAAUUUUUGCAAGCGAAUUAGCCAGUGCCAUUGGACGGCAUAGAUAUCAAUCCAGAGAAGAAACAUUUCAGCGAGUUUGGCUUCGAUCGCAUCAGCAAUCAUUCGUUUUCGCGUUUGCUUUGAGGUUCCAAAGAGACGUUCGUCCGAUCCUGGCAGGUUCAGAGGAAUUGUUGAUUCAGUUUCCAUCUUUGGAAAAAGAAGACGACAUCGUCGAUUUCGCUACCGUUGUAAGAAAGGUGAUCUGUGACAUGUCUUUCAGAAGAUUGUAUGGGCAGAUUCUGAAUUUUUUGAGAGAAAAGUUGUUGAAAAACAACAAAGAAGAACAAAUCCUCGUGUCAGCAAAAGUGAUCGAAGAAGUUCGAACUGAGGUGAAGACACUUUGUGAGAACGAAGAAAAACUCGUGGAAUCUGCUGUGAAAGAAAUUUGUGAGAAACAAGGACUCAACACGAAAGAAGUUGUCAAAGCAGUGGAGUCCAGAAUUACUAAGGAUCGCGGAACAAUAUUAGAAGGCAGAGCUGUGCAAGAGUUUGAGAAAGCGAAAGGGAUCGAAAUCGAACGUCCGGUCGCACCCCAUCUGUUCUACAGGGAUAUGGAGUACAACGGAGUACAGUGGAGUGUAUGUGGUAAAGUGGAUGCCGAGACAGAAGAUAGCGUUAUUGAAGUUAAAAACAGAAGAAACCGAUUUAUGUGCCCAGAGUAUGAUUAUAUACAGCUCCAAACAUACUUAUUCAUAAGGAGUAAGUCCAAGGGUGUCUUGCUGGAGAGAUUGAAAGGUGAAAACAAAGAAACCUGUUUUGAAUUUGAUGAUGAGCUCUGGGAAGAAGUGACCAAUGACUUAGCUGAGUUUGUUGCUGAACUGUCAGAUGCCAUGAGCAUGAGUAAAGAGGCAUUGUAUGGGUAUUCAUCACCAAGGAAACGAGGUCAUGUUCAAGUGGGAGAAGCUAUCGAAAAAGUUGGUAGGCAGGCAACAGAUGAAGCGCAAGUGAAGAAGAUUGCUGUGGAAAGAGUGGAAGAAGCUACCAAUGUUACUGAGAUACAGGAUAAUAAUAAUAAUUAGAGAUGUUUGAGAAAACAGAGCUCCUUUAAUUUUACACUUUUAUGUCACUUGAGUGAACUUGAAUCGUGUGUAACUGAGUGUACCCCAUCCUAAGACCCUACCCCAUCAUCUCAAUUUUACAUAUCCUUCUGCACUAGAGGGCACUUAACAGGGUGUACUAUUCUUCUGACGCCCCGAGAAAGGCAAAAGUGAGUAUCAUUACUGUAGGUUAUAUAGUACAUACCAGUGGGAUUUCUUUGAUUGAGAUUGCAAACGUUUUUUCAUCAUAAUCAAGAAAAAAAUUUACAAUCUAUACUGAUCAAAGUGAGUUGUAAUUCUGUUAGAAAUUUAUGCCUAGAGUAGUUUGUUAUUAUUUAAAUCCAUUAGCUUGCAUCAUAGAUAAACUCCACUGCAAAUCUGCCAGCUAAAAGGACUUUGGUUGACAUUAUUUAAUUUAAAAAAAAAUCUUUUACUCCUGGACUUAAUGUUACGAAUUUUUCAAUUUUGGCUGGGCAAAUGACAUAAAUUAGCAAGAAAUCACAAAGUUAAUGAGAAUAGUUCUUUAUUUCUAGACCUCACAUGCACUGCAGAGAUAUACACCCUGAUCAUUUUAACUUAUUGUUAAAUGGAGACUACAAAAUCAUAAAUUCAUCACAUCACAUAGUGUAAGCUAUUUAUUGUUUAGAUUUACAUGUAGAUGAUGUAUUUAGAAUUCAGAUUUAAAAUACAACUUUUUAGAUUUUUUAAUUCUAAUCUACUUCAGGAAAAUGUGUUGCAACGAAGAAAUGUUAACAAAAUAAUUUUGUCUUUUAUUAAAUAAAAUCACUGUAGGCUAGUAGUUUACAAUAUUUUCAGCACAUGAAUUAUUACAGUAUGGUUACACAGAUGUUCUUAGGAGUAAAUUCUUUAGAGUGAAUGAUAAUCUACUUAGAGAGUUUUCCAAUUAUUCCUAGAGGAUGUGUUCUACUUAAAAAAAAAAAUGCUUAUUAGCUUCUUUAAACAUUUUUUUUACUCUACUUGAUAGAUGCUCUUGACACAACAAAUCUUAAGAGUAUACAGGAUACUUGUUACAUAUAAGUUCAGUACAUGGCCUAACUCAAAAACAAGCUCUUUGUAACUCAGUGAGAUCUUCAGACCACAAAUCUGAAGGUCUAUGUUUCAGGCACUCACUGUGGACUCAAUUGUUUUCUUUUUCAUUUUUCUUUAUAUUUUUUGUUAUUAUAUGGGAAGGUAGUCUUGAGGUAAAUCUGAGUGUUUUGAUUGGUUCUUACUUGGUCUGGAUUUUGCCAUACAGAUUGUUCCCACAGAAACAGUCAUGAGCCAUGUAUUUUUGUUUUCCAAAGUUUGCAAAUUCAAAAUAAAAACAUUUAGUAGAAGUGCCAUAAAAUAAACUACUAACUAUACCCCGGUAAGCUCACUUGCUUGGGCCAUACUGGGCAAUAUUUGCCCUCAGUUGUUACAGUACAGUUUGGCUCUUGUGCUCAGUAAGUAAGAAGUUAUUCUAAAUUUCUAUAAAAUAUUGUUUAGUCACUUAUUUUGAACCACAUGGCCUUUUUGAUUUGUGGCAUUUUUCUCAAAGUCUGCAUUUAGUUGGAAUCACACAAGUAUAUUUAAAUAAUUGUUAAACUUGGUUGAAUGAAAUUUCCAAGCCCUCUAGGCUGACCCAACAACCUUAACCAUUAUUUUAUACUAUUUUACAUCUGUAUUGAAUAAACAGAUCAAAACUUCAAGUCAAACUA